UAAAAAAACGUAGUCAACUUCCUCUUUCAACAACAAAUUGGUUUAGUUAUCAGACGAAUCUGAGCUACUCAGGACUAGUAUAUUUACCCCUACAUUCCUGCAAAGAAACAAGAGUGUUUAUUCCAGCUGAAUUCCAGGGUAAGUAACAGCCUACCUAUUUAUAGGGAUUGGUGAUUUCUUCUGGGAGGUCUAAUGGGAGAAUGGAAAUCAAGAUAGAGGGCAAAUAGGUGGGGCAUUCUCUGAACUGAAAUGUUUACCAGUUUCUCAUCUCAGACUUCUUACAGCAGGAAUAAAGAUGGUUGCCUUUGAAUCUGACCAGAGUCCAAAGAUAGGAUUAAAGCUGCAAUCCUCACCAGUGCUCGAGAUUCAUGGAGAACUUGAUCUAGUUCUCUCUUUGCUGAGGCUCUUUGUAGACCAGGUACCUGGAAAAAGAGCACACACUUAAGAGUGUGCAUUGGGAUUCUUUUGGACAAUUCGUCAUAUUAAGGUAGUAGAAAAUGAACUGAACUUUCUGCUCUGGAUAGCUUACCAACAGCUAUAUAACAAAGGAAGAUGGAUGGCUAUACUACCCUUGCUUUGCCUAACUAGCUGAACCUUAGGGUUAUGCAAUCAAAGAGUACUUGCAUGCGAUUAAAAAGGUCCUUCCAGCAUGUGUUCUUUGCAUGUCACAAAAAGGAAAGUGAAAGUGGCUGCAUUCCACUAAGUAUUCUCUCCUAUUCAAGUAGAGGUGUCAUAAAUCCAUAGCUUACCUUGAUGAAUAUACUGCAAUACUCAAGAUGGGUAGCAACGACACCAGCAAUGCCGAAACUGACUGCAAUGUCACCAAUGUGACAUUUCACUAUUCGCUGUAUGCAACUACCUAUAUCCUUAUAUUCAUCCCUGGUCUUCUGGCCAACAGUGUGGCCUUGUGGGUUCUGUGCCGCUUCAUCAGCAAGAAAAAUAAAGCCAUCAUUUUCAUGAUCAACCUCUCUGUGGCUGACCUUGCUCACGUGCUGUCCUUGCCCCUCCGGAUUUACUAUUACAUCAGCCACCACUGGCCGUUCCAGAGAGCUGUUUGCCUGCUGUGUUUCUACCUGAAGUAUCUCAACAUGUAUGCCAGCAUUUUCUUCCUGACGUGCAUCAGUCUUCAGAGGUGCUUCUUUCUGCUCAAGCCCUUCAGAGCCAGAGACUGGAAGCGUAGAUAUGACGUGGGCAUCAGUGUGGCCAUCUGGGUCAUCGUGGGGACUGCCUGCUUGCCAUUUCCCAUCCUAAGAAGCACAGAUCUAGGCAACAACACUGAUUCUUGCUUUGCCGAUCUUGGUUACAAAAAGAUGAAUACAGUGGCUUUGGUUAGUAUAAUUUCAUUUGCUGAGCUUGCAGGGUUUGUAAUCCCAGUAGUAAUCAUUGCAUGGUGUACCUGGAAAACCACUAUAUCCUUGCGACAGCCACCAGUGGCUUUUCAAGGGAUCACUGAGAGGCCAAAAGCACUGAGGUUGGUUUUCAUGUGUGCUGCCGUCUUCUUCAUUUGUUUCACUCCCUAUCAUAUUAACUUUAUUUUUUACAUUAUGGUAAAAGAAGCCAUCAUUAGCAGUUGUUCCAUUAUCCAAAGCACGCUGUAUUUCCACCCUUUUUCUCUGUGCCUUGCAAGUCUUUGCUGCCUUUUGGAUCCAAUUCUUUAUUACUUCACAGCCUCAGAGUUUCGUGAUCAACUAUCUCGCCACAGCAGCUCUGUGACACGUUCUCGCCUCAUGAGCAGAGAGAGUGGUUCAUCAAUGAUUGGUUAACAAAUAAAAUAAUUCUUAAAUCAUGGGCUUUGUUGACCUAAGUUUCCUUGGCCUUUUUCCAAAGACUAAAAUUACAAGUCAAAUAAUGUCUUUAAUUGUACUUGGAAACAACAGAAGUAUAUGUUUUCUUGCAUGUUGAUUGUCACCACAGGAGUUGGAUUGUGAAGGGACAGUAAAAAUGUGGGAGAAGAAGGGAAGAUGGCAUUAUCUGUUUCCUUUUUGGCAAUUCUAGGCACUUUCUUACUGAAGAGUUGUAGAUUGAGUUUUCGUAUCUGUUUUCAAACAGAAAUUGAAUACUUUAACCUUAAAUACUUCCUCAGUGAAUACAUUGUUCAUGUGAUAAAUAUAAAAUUUCUUUUCUAGCAAAUGAAAGUAAACCUCUUUCCUAUAAAGACUGUAAUUUAUGAACUGGAUUAACAACCCUCAGUCUUGGGUGGUGUGAAUAGUUGAAGACUUGUCUGCAUAAAUAUCAGGAUCACAAUAUUCUGUUGAAGGAAGAACAUGGGACUGCAUUUAUUCAUUGAAAAUGUAUCAGAUAUCUAUCAUGUUCUGGGUUGUCACUUUCUUAGUUUCUUGCAUGGCAUUUGAUCUGGUCCUUUGGAUAAACCUGUAGAAAGUUUCCAAUUCAAAUAAUAAAUGGAGCUUCAUUGAGAUUAAA